UUUCUUCUUUCUAUAUAAUCUCCCACGCCCCUCUCCUCCAAAACCCACCCUUCUCUCUUUCAACCCAAACCGCAGAUCCUUCAUAUCUCUGCCUUCUUUUCUUUCUUUCCUUGCUGCACACAAACAACCAACUCUUUCUCGGAUAUACCUCUACUCGUGUAAUAACAUUUAUUACUACCUGUUUUCUUAGCUUCUUGUUGGUAAACCAGGAAAAUGACGGUUGAGAAAGAAGAUUUGGGUUUGAGCUUAAGCUUGAGUUUUCCUCAAAAUUACCAUUCUUUGCAGCUCAAUCUCAUGCCUUCCCUUGUCCCAUCUUCUCAAAGGCCUUCAUGGAAUGACACCUUAAGCCUUCCUUCUUCAGAUCCAAACUCUGAUUCAUGCCGUGCCGACACGAGGUCCUUUCUGCGAGGAAUUGACGUGAACCGGCUGCCAUCAACAGCUGAUUGCGAGGAUGAAGCGGGUGUCUCAUCCCCGAACAGUACGGUAUCGAGUGUAAGUGGAAAGAGAAGCGAGAGGGAAGGGAAUGGAGAUGAUCAAGACAUGGAGAGAGAUUGUUCUCGUGGAAUCAGCGAUGAAGAAGAUGGCGAUACCUCAAGAAAGAAGCUCAGGCUCUCCAAGGAUCAGUCUGCUAUCCUUGAAGAGAGCUUCAAAGAGCACAACACUCUCAAUCCCAAGCAGAAGUUGGCAUUGGCUAAGCAGCUGGGCCUGAGACCUAGACAAGUAGAGGUGUGGUUUCAGAACAGAAGGGCAAGGACCAAGUUGAAGCAGACUGAGGUUGACUGUGAGUUCUUGAAGAGAUGCUGUGAGAAUCUAACCGAAGAAAACAGACGGUUGCAAAAGGAAGUUCAGGAACUGAGAGCACUGAAACUCUCCCCACAGUUCUACAUGCAAAUGACCCCACCCACCACCCUCACCAUGUGCCCUUCAUGUGAGCGUGUUGCUGUCCCACCAUCCGCAUCAUCAACCGUCAAUCCUCGGCCCCACCCACACAUGGGCCCCACUCUCCACCACAGGCCCAUCCCCAUCAACCCGUGGGCCCCAGCUGCAGCUCCGUUUGAUGCCCUGCGUCCUCGGUCGUGAUUAAGAACCAUAAAGAAGGACAUUUUGGUCAUUGGGACAUGACAUCGGAAGGGAAAAAAAAAAAGUUGCCGGGAUGUGUACUGUGCGAAGGGGGCAAGAAGCAGCUGUAAUAGCGUAGCUCAUGCAUAUUUCUUGUGUUAAAAGUCAUAGGUCUAAGAUAUGGUGGUUGUGGAGGGUGAUUUGGUGGGUCUCCAUGUUUUGUAUUAUUGACCCAUCAUCAAUCUCGUUGAGCAAGGGUUUGACAUAUUAGUUUAAUCUUUUUUUUAGUGCUAAUUAGUUACUAAUUAAUUUGGAUAUGUAAAGUGCAAAUCAAUCUCUAAUUAAAUUAUAUUUUAACUGAUUUAAGUCAAGCAAA